AUGGCAUACGAAGGCCGUGUCGGCUCCCGCUUCGGCGGCGGCGGUGUCGCCUCGCACUCCGCCUCCAACCAGGACCGCCGCGAGCGUCUCCGCAAGCUCGCACUUGAGACCAUUGACCUCGACAAAGACCCCUACUUCUUCAAGAACCACGUCGGCUCCUUCGAAUGCCGCCUCUGCCUGACCGUACACCAAAACGACGGCUCCUACCUCGCGCACACCCAAGGCCGCAAGCACCAAACCAACCUCGCCCGCCGCGCCGCGCGCGAAGCCAAAGAAGGCCGCAACCUCGACCCCAUCACGGGCCUCCCGCAAGGCAUGAUCGGCCAGCAGCUCAUCGCGCCGCGCAAGAACCUCAUCAAGAUCGGGCGGCCCGGCUACAAGAUCACCAAGCUGCGCGACCCCGUGACGCGGCAGCUGGGCCUGCUCUUCCAGCUGCAGUACCCCGAGAUCGGCACGGAGAUUAAACCAAGGUACCGCUUCAUGUCGGCGUUUGAGCAGCGCGUGGAGGUGCCCGCGGAUAAGAAUUUUCAGUAUCUGCUUGUGGCGGCGGAGCCGUAUGAGACGGUUAGCUUUAAGUUGCAGGCGAGAGAGGUGGAUAGGAGUCCCGGGAGGUUUUGGACGCAUUUUGAUGCGGAUAGCAAGGAGUUCUUUUUGCAGCUGUUUUUUAAGACGGAGAGGGAGGAGCGGUAUGCGGGGGUGCCGGGGCUGGCGCCGAGGAGUUAG